GCAAGACACAGAGACGAAGCAGACGAAAUGCGCGACAUAGCAACAGCAGCAGAUCACGGACGACGAGUCAAGUGUGCGCGCCCCUCUGACGGAGUCAUCAGACCAGCAGAGGAUUGCUCCUCUAGUCGGACACUAGAGUAACUAGUGCACUGUCAUGCGCUAGGCAUUCCAUAGAUUGUGCGCGAGACUGAACUUCGCGUGGGGGUUGUCGAAUUGUUCAGUCCCGGCAGAGCAGAGGAAUAACAGAGUGGAACUAACUCAGCCGCUCAGGUUGUAAAGAUCAUGGCCAUGGCAGUGGCAAUGGGGUUGCCGCCGAUCGUGCUGUCUUCAUUUACACAGUCACCGUGCUUGGAACGGAGAACCGCGGGGCUUCGCGGUGUAGCGCCUUUGCGUUUUCCGAAAUUGAGGUCAGUUCAAAUCCGGGCAGCUACUGGGGUCGAAACUUCGCCGCCGUCCAAUGCUGCUGGCGCCAGCUCGUCGAAGGAAAUUAUUCCUGAUACCGAACUCACCAUUACAAAGACUUCUUUCGGGACAAUCGGCCUUUCAGUUGGAUUGGGAUUGCUGUCAUAUGGAUUUGGAGCAUACUUCACGUUUUUGCCAGGAUCUGAGUGGUCAGCCCUGAUGUUGACAUACGGCUUUCCAUUAGCAAUCAUCGGGAUGGCUCUGAAGUAUGCAGAGUUGAAACCUGUUCCUUGCAUAACGUAUGCCGACGCAUUUGCCCUUAGGGAAUCUCAAACAACCCCAAUUUUGACUCAGGUCCGAAACGAUGUGACACGUUUUCGGUAUGGAGAUGAACAACAUCUUGAAGAGGCGUUGAAGAGGAUCUUCCGUUAUGGCCUGGGAGGAGGCAUUCAAAGGCGGAAUGCUCCUACUUUAACAUCCAUCAGGGAAGAGGUCAGCCAGGAUGGCUUCUACACAUUAGUGCUUGUGUUCGAAGCCAAGGCAUUGAAGUUGCCUGAGUUUGAGACAAGACAGGCAAAAUUUACUUCUUUCUUCGGACCUGGUGUGACUGCGAAAAUUAGCACACCAGAGCCAAAUAUUUAUGAGGUGGCACUUGUUGCUGACAAAGGUCUACAACCAUCAGAUGCUACCCCCGCAUCACCAUCCUCAUAGAAGGAUGGUCUAGCUUUGUAAGAUGUUAGGUACAGAUCCGGAGAGCGUGGCUUCAAAGAAAGAACCAGUCUGCGGUGUUCAUGCCAGUUCACCUUGCUAGUGUCACAUCGUUUAGCAGAUGAUUUGAACUGAAACUGAAGUGGCCCGUCGUUGUGAGCUGCUUGUGUACUAUAAGCACUGUAUGUAUCACCAGUAUUAUUUAGUCCAAAGCUCUGCCCGAGCCAAGCUUAUCCCAU